GCGGCGGGGCACGCGACGUCUCCCCGUGCGCACUGCGCCCGUGUCCGCGGCCCCGCGCGCCCGCCCCGCGCCCCGCCGUCCCGUUCUUCCCGGGUCUCCGCGAGCGGCAGCGCCGACCCCGCGCGCGGUCCGACGAUGUCGCAGCCGCCCGCAGUCAGCAGCGUCCCGCAGACGGGCGCAGCGAGCGGCGACCGCGGGCUCCCGCGGGCCGAGGUAGGCGGCGGGCGCCGUGCGCUCCCGGGCCCGGCGCGACCCGAGGAGAUCCGGGGAGGCCCGAUGGCGGCGGCGGCCCGGGAAGGCCCCGCGACCCCGGGGGCGGCGGCCAGGGGAGGCCGGGUGGCGGCGGCCCGAGAAGGCCGCGCGGCGGAGGCCCGGGGGGGCCCGGCGGCGGCCCGGGGGGGCGCGGCGGCGCGAGAGGGCCCGCUGGCGGCGGCCGCGUCCAGGGAAGCCCGGAUGGCGGAGGUGGCCCGGCUGCUGGGCGAGCCCCUGGAGGAGGAGGCGCCCGAGGGCCGGCCCCGGUCCAGGGCGGGCGGCCUGGCGGCGCUGCCCUACCUGCGCCUCCGCCACCCCCUCAGCGUCCUGGGCAUCAAUUACCAGCAGUUCCUGCGCCACUACCUGGAGAACUACCCGAUCGCCCCGGGCCGCAUCCAGGAGCUGGAGGAGCGCCGGCGGCGCUUCGUGGAGGCCUGCAGAGCCCGGGAGGCAGCCUUCGACAUCGAGUACCUGCGCAACCCGCAGAGGGUGGACUUCGACAUUCUGACGUUUACCAUAGCCCUGACUGCGUCGGAGGUGAUCAAUCCUCUCAUAGAAGAACUGGGUUGCGAUAAGUUCAUCAGCAGAGAGUGAGGGGGCCCGGGCGAGGGUGGCGGGCACCGCACCAGGAGGACCUCGGCAGCCGCGUCCAACCCCAUCCCGCAACUUGGUUUUCGGAAGUUAAAGGGAGCUUGAGAAUGAGGCAGUGCACCGUUGGAGGGGGGGGGAGAGAAAAGCGCCAGAAAAUCGGGGGAGGGGGUUGUCCAAAGCGUCGUUAGACUCCCGCAACGUUCCUUGACUUUAUUGAUUGGUUGAGAGUUCUCGUGUUACGGAAAACGCCCAUCCACGUGGCUUCGUUAAUGAGGUAAAGGAUGGUUUUCUUGUAAAAUGCUGAGACUCGAAAGAAAAUCGCCAGUAGCAGACUACGCUCACGAUGAAGGAAGAGCAGCGUGGAGAGUUUAAACUGGUUUUAGGACCAAGUGUCUGUCAAAACUUGACCUCUGCAGAUCUCGCCUUCUCUUCAUGUCAGAGUCUACGAGAGUGUAAGACUGGUUUUGUGUUUCUGGGACGUUGGGAAUGGCAAGCAACAUAAAUAUUGUAUAUAGUAUGUGAUAAAUGUGUUUUAAACGGUAUCAAAUUUCUGGAAUUUUGUUUUCCAUUUCCGAAGCUUUUUUUUCCUAAGUCAUCCUUUCAUAAGCCCCAAGAAUAUGAAGACUGAAGUCUUUUGUCCUCCCCUCCUUCCCGUACCUAAUGCAGCCUCUGAAGUCAGCCUCCUCCCUAAUUUCAUUAUGUAUAUACAGUAUAUGUUUUUAUUUAGUUACAAAGUCGACAUGUUUUGGUUUACAUAUUGUGACUUGGUUAAGAAAAUAUCUUGAAGAACCUUCCCGACCAGUAUGUUUACUCCUUCAAACUGUUUCUUUGCAUCCUGUGGCUAUGCUAUAAUGAACCAGAAACACACUGAUGGCCGGCUGGGCUGUCUGCUUUUCUCCUGGCAUCAUAAAAGCCCCUCUGGUAGGCUGUUACUGCUUGUCACCUGGCUGUGCUUUGGUUCUGACGGCAACGCGGUUUUCAAGUUUAUCAUCUCAAGUUGGAAUCCGUCUUAUGCUUGACGGUGUUACAGAUCAUUUUCUUUUCUCUACGUUUCCAUAAAACUGAUGGUGCAUCUCA